AUGCCUCUUGGAGCUCUCCCUUCCUUUGACCAACUCCCCCCUGUUCCGGGCACUCCAAAGGGCUGUGCAUGGGGCAUCUUCGAUAAGGACGGCGUGAAGGAUCAAGUUGGGACACUGAACAUCCUCACACCAAGCGUUGUGCUGGAGGCGUCUAAAGAGAUCAGAACAGGCGAGAGCGUUGCUUUGAAGUACGUCGACGGUGAUAAUGGGUAUACGAAAAUCGGGCAUGCACUAAUUCUCAUUUCCUACGCUGCUAGUUGGGGACUGGAAAACCCACCUUCACCCUUUUAUCGAGAGAAAUUCCACCAUUCGAUCAAAGAUGUCGGCAAAGAGCAUAACAUGCCAAUUUGCUGCUUCGAUGACAUUGUGCAUUUCAACACUCAGUCGAGUUCGCAGUGGGAUGGCUUUAGGCAUUGGGGCCAUGCGACGACGAAACAACACUACAAUGGAAUCCUUCACGAUGAUAUUCUAGGGACAGAAGAAUUGAGUAUCCACUCUUGGAGCGAGCGCGGAGGUGUCAUCGGGCGUGGAGUUCUUGUUGACUUUGCGUCGUGGGCGGGAAGAAAUGGAGUCGAGAUAAAACCGGCAACGUCGCAGGUCAUAUCGCUCGAGGUGAUAAAACAGAUUCUAGCGGAAGAAAAUGUCCAACUGAAGCACGGGGACAUCUUGAUCCUGCGGACGGGUUUGAUACAGGCCUACAACAAGUGUGCUAACGAUGAGGAACGAAACGCGCUCAUGCGGUCCUCAAAUACAAUCGGCACUGAAGCUUCGGAAGACAUGGUGCGGUGGCUAUGGGAUAACCACUUUUCCGCCGUAGCAGGAGACGCGGUCGCCUUUGAGACGCAGCCGUUCGCGAAGAGUUAUGCUCUACAUGACUACUUGCUAGUAUGGUGGGGGAUGCCGAUUGGAGAGAUGUGGGACCUUGAAGCUCUUGCACAGAAAUGUCAGAGUCUGAAGCGCUGGACCUUUUUCGUCACGAGUGCCCCGUUGAACGUGAAGGGUGGUGUGGCUUCUCCGCCUAACGCUCUGGCAGUCUUUUAA